CAAAUUCCGUACCGAUUUUAAGGAAAUCUCGGUAAAACGCAUGACGGUUUCACGCAAACUCGGAAAUCUCGUACCUAUAAAAAGUUCAAUUAUUUGAACUUUUCAUCGUCUUCUGCGGUGAUCUCGGCCGGGAGACAUGACUUGCGCGCUGCGGCAAAUGUGAAUUUGUGUAAACAAACAACGCAAUUUUGUGUUUGGCUCUUGACAAUAGGUGCAAGUUGUUAAUUGUGUGCAGGUUAGGAAGUUUGUGUGCAAGUUUUUUUAGUAUAAAGAAGAUGAGUGAAGAUUUCAGUGAGGCAGUGAUUGAAGCUGUGCGGAAGCGGCCAGGUCUGUGGGACAAGAGGUCCAAGGAUUAUGCGAAAAAAAAAAUCUGCCAAGGAGUACGACUGGCGGAUCGUGGCAGAGGAGUGCCGCUCGGAAGUCGAUCUCGUGAAAGAAAAAUGGCGUCACGUCCGAGACUAUUAUAUCGCUCGCCGACGCAAACAACCACCGAGUGGCUCCUCAGCCAGCGCUGGUCGCCAGCUGGGCCGAUACGGCCAGAUCCUGAGCUUCUUGGAUCCCGUGGCUCAGCGUGGACCAACCACCUCGUCUGCUGACUUCCGCCGCCCAAACUCGGUGGGACCAUCUCACCCUGCUCCUGCUCCUGUUCCUGCCGAGUCGGACCUCCUUCUGGAUGAUGAUGGGAGUAUCCCGGUUGGGAGCUACGAGGAGGUGGACGAGAACGAGACGCAGUUUUCGGCGGUCCCGAUGGAACCUGGCACAGGGGGCGCACAGACCCAGGACAGCACGCCAGACACAAUCAAUGACGCAAGCCCAGCACCGCACACAAAUCCAACACCGAGCACAAACACAACGGCCACAAAUCCAGCACCGAUCACAAACGCAGCACAGAACAUAAACGCCACACCAAGCACCUCUCACUACAGAAACCAUGCACAAGAUCAGCAAACAACGCCACAGCAGUCAUCGCAAACCACCAGAACACCAAAACGCAAGCUGGGCCCAUCGCCUGAUGUGGACCGGGCCAUCAUGGCGGAGCUGCAGCGGGGGCGUGAGAGGCAGAUGGAACGGGAGAGGGAGCGAGAUGCGGAUAGUGAAUACCACUUCUGCAUGUACCUGUAUGCAGAGUUGCGGAAGAGAAACGGCGCGGCCAGAAAGGAGAUUAAGAGGCGUUUUUGCGCGGUCCUGGAUGAUUAUGAUUCAGAGUAGCUGCGUGUCGUCAGUGUGGUCCGCUUUAUGCGCGACGGUGGUUAAGAGACGUUAAUCGUCGUGAAAUGUGCUAGUUUCUUCAUAAAUAUGAAUGAAAUCAGACUUUUACGACUAGACAUCGCAGUUAGUCAAUUGCCUCUCGGCUACUUGUCAUGCAUUGUUCUUUUUUGUUGAAAACGGCUUCGAUGCGCUCUUCCUUAUAGACUGGACAAAAAUCAUAACAGCCGUGAUAUGUUGUCAUUUUGUUUCUGUGUUUGUUAUUUCGUUAUCAGUUAAUCUCACCUGUAUUUGUGCAUAUGGGCGUGUGUGUCUAGACCAGGUGUGUGUAUGAAGUGAUUGGUUGUAUAUAUGACGUGACAUUGGGCUGGGCGUCUGUGCAAUUUUCGAUAGAGGAAGCGAUUGUUGAAAUUUUCGACUUAUUCCACGUUUUAACAUUGAAUAAAUGGUCAUAUCAACAACUUGUUUAGGCUUCCAUA